UUGUACGCUUCUCUUAGCGAGUCCUACGACCAAACACCACGCUACAAACCAGGCCACGUACGUACAGUGCAAUCUCAUCUUCACUCUUGCGUUUGCUUUGUCUCUAGCUGCUGCACAUGGCGUCGUUCAUGGCGGCCGCUCUAGUCCUGAUGCUCUUGGCAUCCAGUGCAGGGGCGAGCGAGGCCAGCCCGGCGCCCGCCGAGACUCAGCAGAAUGUCUUCAUCGUCGACAACUACGGUGCCCAUGGCGACGGGAAGCACGACGACACGCAGCCACUGGCCAAGGCGUGGAACGCGGCGUGUUCCUCCUCCCGGCCGGCCAUGCUGCUCAUUCCCGAGGGCAAGACCUACCUGCUUAACUCCGUCACCCUGUCUGGCCCAUGCAAGUCCAGCGUCGUCUUCAUGGUCAAAGGCACGCUGGUGGCUCCACGGAGCAGGUCGGCGUGGCGCGACAACGACACAAGUCGCUGGAUCAUGAUCCAAGGCGUCACCGGACUCACCGUCUCCGGCGGCGGCACGAUCAAUGGCAACGGCGACGUCUGGUGGACGAACUCAUGCAAGACCAACAAGGCUCUGCCGUGCACCAAGGCGCCCACGGCUCUGACGUUUCACCUGUGCACCAAUCUGCAGGUGGAGAAUCUGAAGCUUGUAAACAGCCAGCAGAUCCAUCUCUCCGUGGAGGACUGCAACGCAGUGCAGCUGGCCCGCCUCUCCAUCACGGCGCCCGGCACGAGCCCCAACACCGACGGUAUCCACAUCACCCGCAGCAAAGAUGUGCAAGUCAAAGAUUGUGUCAUCAAGACCGGGGACGACUGCAUCUCCAUCGAGAAUGGGACCCGCAAUCUUUUUGUCAGCAAAGUUGUUUGUGGUCCGGGGCAUGGAAUUAGUGUCGGGAGCUUAGGAGACGACAAUUCUAGAGCCGAGGUCUCCGGCAUCACAAUCGACUCGGUGCAAUUAUACGGCACCACCAAUGGUGCCCGGAUCAAGACAUGGCAGGGAGGAAGCGGGUAUGCCAAGGGCAUCACGUUCCAGAACAUGAUCAUGGACAAUGUGCAAAACCCCAUAAUCAUUGACCAGAACUACUGCGACUCCGCCAAGCCAUGUAAGAGUCGGGGGUCUGCGGUAGAGGUCAGCAAUGUCGUCUUCAAGAACAUUAGAGGGACAACCGUCUCCAAGGAUGCCAUCAAGCUUAGCUGCAGCAAUAGCAUCUCAUGCUCCGACAUUGUCUUGGAGAAUAUCGACCUCAAAAUGGAGGGCGGCAAGGGUGACACAGAAAGCACUUGCCAGAAUGCAAAAUGGCAAGAAUCAGGAACCGUUAUUCCACAACCCUGCCAAUUCCAAAACUAGCUAGAAGGUGGUGUAAAUUGGACAGGUUCUUGUUGUACCCUGUAGAAAUACAGCUGUAUCAAAACUAGAAUGUAAAAAAAAAAAAAACAAGUCAUAUACUUGUGCA